AUGAACAAAAAACGCGACACCGAAACCCCCAGCUCCACGACCACGCCCAACACCACCACCACCACCACCACCACCGCGCCCACCCCACGCCCACUCGACCCCUGGAAAUUCCCCACCGUCAAAGCCACCAUCGGCCCCAACAAAGGCUCUCCCGGCGUAACCUACUACGGCGCCUACUUCUACCCGUACACGCCCCCCGGCGUCGACCCCGUCUUCGCCGUCGUCGGCGGCCGCGAAGCCAUCAUCGCGCGCCCGCACCCCUCCCGCGGCAUCGAGAUCAUCCACUACUUCCACGACGACCUCUUCUUCCCCACGGAGGCCCUCUGCUCCGCCUGCUGGACGCGCUGCACACGCACCGGCGCCCCCCUCCUCGCCGUCGGCGGCGCAGCGGGGAUAAUAAAGAUCAUCAACAUCCGCACGGGCAAGGUGCAGCAAACACUCGUCGGCCAUGGCGACGAGAUCAUGGAGAUCCUUGUCUCGCCGAUAAACCAGGACAUCCUUGCGUCGGCGUCCGCCGACUCCACCGUGCGGCUGUGGAAUAUUAGCGCCGAGUACGAGCGCCAGCCGUGCGCGCUCAUCUGCGCGGGGGAGGGCCACCGCGAGACGAUCCUCAGCAUCGCGUUCCACGCGUCGGGGCGGUACCUGCUGAGCGGCGGGAUGGACCACAUCGUGAAUCUGUGGAUCCUGCCAUCGGCCAUGCCGGCAGGCCGUGACGACCCGGUGGUGCUGCACUACCCGCAUUUUGCGACGAGCAUGGUGCACAGCAACUACAUUGACUGUCUGGCCUGGCACGGCGACGUGGUGCUGAGCAAGGCGGCGAAGGAGAGCCGCAUCGUGCUGUGGUCGAUCCAGGGGUUCAACAGCCGUGUUGAUCCCAGUGUGUGGGGGGCGCCGCCGACGACGCAUGAGUUCCGUGAGACGCGGAGCGUGUUUGGCGCGGGCUUUGAGAGGCUGGACGGAGAUGGGGAGGAAGGAGAGUGGUGGUGGGGCGGGGGCGCGGGGGAGGGAGGAGAGUGUGGGGAGUGCGGGGGCGGGGGGGGAGGGGAGGCACCCGUGGCGGCGGCGGCGGCGGGAGGAGGGAAGGGGAGGGUGAAGGGUGGGGAUGAUGUGUCGGAUCCGUUUGGGCUGGUGAGGCCCCAUCACUUUUUGGACAUUCCGAAGGUGAGGAGUCCGGUGAGGCAUAUUGCGUUUAGUGUGGGCGGGGAGUAUAUGGUCAUGGUGGGGGAGCAGAGUAUGAUUACGGUUUGUAAGAGGUGGUAG